UAAAACUAAUUACAAGCCCAACAAAACGCAAUCUCGUCUGGUGGAAGAAGCAGAUCCAUUUUUCUUCGUCGACGGACAAGCAUUCCCCACUUCGUCUAGCUCGCCGUCGGACGCCGUCGACCGUUGUCUGCCCACGUGGUCGUUCUCCGGUGUGAUACUGGUCCGGUUAGGACUGCUGAUAUGUUAUCAACUGCAGCCGCCUGAUUAAUUAUCUGCAUUUCGUGAUUUACUUAGUAUCUGGAUCCGCUCCAACAUUUCCGUAUAUGCUAUACUGAGUGAGUUGGGAUUACAACUUACUCGCUCCAGUGAGAGGCAAUAUUUCUGACGAUGAUCGGAGCUGGAAAGAUCAAGCAGUAUAGUAACGUCCUCGAAAGGCCCCUCAACAAGGGCAAGCAAGAGGUUAGUUUGAGUGCAUUUGCGUUCUUGUUCUCAGAGCUUGUACAGUACAACCAAACUCAGGUCGACAAUAUUGCUGAGUUAGAACGAAGACUGGAGGAUGCUGGAUAUGCUGUUGGGGCGCGAGUUUUGGAACUGCUUUGCCACAGAGAAAAGGGAAACAGAAGGGAGACAAGACUAUUAGGUAUUCUGUCUUUUGUGCACAGCACAGUGUGGAAGGUAUUAUUUGGAAAGGUAGCGGACUCACUGGAGAAAGGCACUGAACAUGAAGAUGAAUACAUGAUCAGUGAAAAGGAGCUCCUUGUCAACAGAUUCAUUUCUAUUCCAAAGGACAUGGGAACUUUCAAUUGUGGGGCAUUUGUUGCUGGAAUAGUACGAGGCGUUUUGGACGGCUCUGGAUUUCCAGCUGUUGUUACUGCUCAUUUUGUGCCCAUGGAAGGUCAACAACGACCACGCACUACUAUCUUGAUAAAGUUUGCUGAAGAGGUGCUACGUAGAGAACCAGACGGGCUGAUGAUGUUUAUACGCAGAAUUCACAGCCGAGAUGUGUUGUGGUGUUUCUGCACCGAA